GACAAAAUUUUUAUCGGAUAGGUCUUCCGGCCCUAAGGAUACCCAGUCGGACGAAACUCAUUUCUAUCCCCUUGUCAAGCGCCUACCGUAAGUCCCAACAUGUCCGGUGUGGGUGGUCUCCCUCGGAGGAUCAUCAAGGAAACUCAGCGUUUGAUGGCUGAACCUGUUCCCGGUAUCAGUGCUGUGCCCGAUGAAAACAAUGCCAGAUACUUCCAUGUUGUUGUAGCAGGACCAGAAGGUUCCCCUUUUGAAGGUGGAGUAUUCAAACUGGAAUUAUUUCUCCCUGAAGAGUACCCAAUGUCUGCUCCCAAAGUUCGAUUCCUGACCAAAAUCUACCAUCCAAAUGUGGACAAAUUAGGAAGGAUAUGCCUAGACAUACUUAAAGACAAAUGGAGUCCUGCCUUGCAGAUUCGAACAGUGCUGCUGUCAAUCCAGGCCCUGUUGAGCGCUCCAAAUCCAGAUGACCCACUGCAAAAUGAUGUUGCAGAGCUUUGGAAAGUGAACGAAGCAGAAGCCCUGCGUAAUGCUCGGGAGUGGACCCGCCUCUAUGCCAUGGGGAACUGAUGUCUCUCUCCCUUUUUUUUUGGAGCCUGUGUUGGCCUAGCCCCAUUUUUCAAGGACUCUACAUUUUUAAUUUAAAAGAGAGAAGCUAUUGGAGCAGAGAGAUACCAUACAUUUCUAUGCUCAUUCUUAUCUGAACGUGUCUUGAUUUAUCUGCUAGCGUUUCAACCUAGCGUCCUUGCAUGGUCUUUUUCUCCCCAGCAGCAUGAAGAGAAGAGAUGACAUACGGUUCUCUUUGCUUUUGCUUCAAAAUCCAUCUUGUGAUCUUUGAUCCACUAUUCAGAUGCAUUUGCCAUGAAAGUCAUAGUUCUCCAAGUUCUCCACAUCCAUUCCUUGUUCAACUCCUCUCACAAAUGGGAGGAACAAUAAAGGUGACAUUAAAAGUGCAGUAA